UAUUAUUAGUAUUGUUAUUAUUAUUUUUAACCAGGAAGUGGCUAUUAAUGUGCGUUGCAUUGCUGCUGGGUACCGGCUUAUCGCUUGAUAUUUCAGGCGUGCGCUGCCAGUGCAUUGCGGGCUGAUGGAAAAACGCAGCGGCUCCUCACUUUCGUUACGGAUAUUUAAAAACUGCAGCAUGAUCGCCAAAAUUUGAUGACCUCAAAGCUGUGCUGUAAUGUUCGCACAGGGUGCGUCGAAAAUAUACAUAAUAUUACAGUAACAGUGCUUUCGUGGACAUCACGACAAUGCCCACUCUCACAGCCUGCAGUUUUUAUUUUUAUGCCUGCGUGUGUCACUUAAAUCAUCACCAAACGCGCUUCUUAAAAUGUAGAAUUAAUCAUAAGGAGACCGAAUGACUAAUUCCAGAGCACUUUAAAGGCUGAGUCAAGUCACAGCACCGGCUUCGCCCUGAGAAAGCAGCACAAGAUGAACAUGGUGAAGAGGAUCAUGGGCCGGCCGCGCCAGGAGGAGUGCAGCCCGCAGGACAACGCGCUGGGCCUCAUGCACCUACGGCGCCUCUUCUCAGAGCUUAGCCACCCGCCGCGUCACAUGACCCAGAAGGAACAGGAGGAGAAGCUGUACAUGAUGCUGCCCGUCUUCAACCGGGUUUUCGGGAGCGCCCCUCCCAGCACGAUGACAGAGAAGUUCUCUGACCUGCUGCAGUUCACCACCCAGGUCUCCCGGCUGAUGGUGACGGAGAUCCGGCGACGAGCGUCCAACAAAUCAACAGAGGCAGCCAGUCGAGCUAUCGUGCAGUUUCUGGAGGUGAACCAGAGCGAGGAGGCGAGCCGAGGCUGGAUGCUGCUCACCACCAUCAACCUGCUGGCCUCGUCUGGACAGAAAACGGUGGACUGCAUGACGACCAUGUCGGUGCCCUCCACGCUUGUGAAGUGUCUGUAUCUGUUCUUCGACCUGCCGCAUACACCCGAGACCCCGGGUGCGGCUCAGACGGAGCUGCCACUGGCCGACCGCCGCGCUCUGCUGCAGAAGGUCUUCGUGCAGAUCCUGGUCAAGCUGUGCAGCUUCGUGUCGCCUGCUGAGGAGCUGGCCCAGAAGGAUGACCUGCAGCUGUUGUUCAGUGCCAUCACUUCCUGGUGCCCACCCCAUAACCUACCAUGGAGGAAGAGUGCCGGCGAGGUGCUCAUGACCAUCUCGCGGCAUGGCCUCAGCAUCAAUGUGGUCAAGUACAUUCAUGAGAAGGAGUGCCUGUCCUCUUGCAUCCAGAACAUGCAGCAGUCAGACGACCUUUCACCCCUGGAGAUUGUGGAGAUGUUCGCCGGCCUCUCCUGCUUCCUGAAGGAUUCCAGUGAUGUCUCUCAGACUCUUCUGGACGACUUUCGCAUGUGCCAGGGGUAUACCUUCCUCUGUGACCUUAUGCUCAGACUGGAGCAGGCCAAGGAGGAUGACUCCAAAGACGCCCUGAAAGACCUGGUGAACUUGGUGACGUCCCUCACCACGUACGGCCUGAGUGAGCUGAAGCCAGCCGGCCUCACCACAGGCGCGCCCUUCCUCCUGCCAGGUUUUGUUGUACCGCAGCCCUCCGGCAAAGGUCACACAGUAAGGAAUAUCCAAGCCUUCUCAGUGCUCCAGAAUGCAUUCCUAAAAGCCAAAACCAGCCGCCUGACGAGCAUCAUCCUGGAUGCCAUCUCCAACAUUUACAUGGCCGACAAUGCCAACUACUUCAUCUUGGAGGCGCAGCACACGCUCUCCCAGUUCGGCGAGAAGAUCGCUAAGCUGCCGGAGGUGCAGGCCAAGUACUUCGAACUGCUUGAGUUCGUGGUCUUUAGCCUGAACUAUGUGCCCUGUAAGGAGCUGUUCAGCAUCAGCGUUCUUCUCAAGGCCAGUGCGUCCUACCAGUGUAGCAUCACCGCCAUGCGCACCUUGCUCAAGCUCAGCCGCCACGACCCAAUCUUCAGCGAGGUCUUCCGGGAGGUGGGCCUGCUUGAGGUGAUGGUGACCCUGCUGCACAAGUACGCCGCUCUCAUGAAGGACCCCACGCAGGCCUACAACGAGCAGGGUGAAUCGAAAAACAACCGAGUGGCAGAGGAUCAGAAGCAGCUGGCCUGGCUGGUGAUGGAGACCCUCACCGUUCUUCUCCAGGGGUCCAACACUAAUGCAGGUCAGUUCCGUGAGUUCGGCGGUGCUCGCUGCGUACACAACAUCGUGAAGUACCGGCAGUGCCGCGAGCACGCCCUGAUGAUCAUCCAGCAGCUGGUGCUGUCCCCGAGCGGCGAGGAUGACAUGGGCACACUGCUGGGCCUCAUGCACUCCGCGCCCCCCGCGGAGCUCCAGCUGAAGACCGACAUCCUCAGGGCCCUCCUGGCGGUCCUCAGGGAGAGCCACCGCACACGCACCGUCUUCCGCAAAGUGGGUGGCUUCGUGUACGUCACGUCACUGCUGGUAGCCAUGGAGGGUUCGCUCUGUGCAUUGCCCCGGAACGGCUGGGAGAAGGCCAACCAGAAGCAGGUCUUCGAGCUGCUGCACACGGUCUUCUGCACGCUGACGGCUGCCAUGCGCUAUGAACCCGCCAACUCGCACUUCUUCCGCACUGAGAUCCAGUACGAGAAGCUGACCGACGCUGUUCGCCUGCUCGGCUGCUUCUCCGACUCCAAGAAAGUGGGCCGAGCCGGCGUGCUGCCCUCCAACUCGCAGUCUUUCCAGAGGCUUCUGGAGGACGAGGCCGUGCUGGUAGACAGCGUGUGUCCCACGCUGAGGCACUGCAGCAAACUCUUCAUUUAUCUAUACAAAAUGGCCACCGAUUCCUUCGACAGCCGUGCUGAGCAGGUGCCCCCCUGCCUGACGCAUGAGAGCUCCCUGCCCUCCCCCUGGGGAACGCCAGCGCUCACCCGGAAGAGACACGGCUGCGGGGUUUCGGCCGCCGCCGCCCCCCCUGCCUCCAAAGUGGGGGCCGACCUGAAGUUUCAGCUGGGAAAUGCUGCCCAGCCCACCUCUGACGUGGUGAUCAUCCACCCCGGGGCGGCGCUGGCCAUGCUGGACCUGCUGGCCUCGGUCAGCUCGGAAAGCCAGCCUGAGCAUGCUCUGGACCUACAGCUGGCAGUAGCCAACUUGCUGCAGACACUCGUGCACUCAGAGAGGAACCAGCAGGUGCAGUGCGAGGCUGGUCUGCAUGCCCGGCUGCUGCAGCGAUGCAGCUGCGCUUUGGGCGACGAGGAGCACCCGCUGCACCAGCCCCUGCAGAGGAUGUUCGAGAGGCUGGCCUCGCAGGCCCUGCAGCCCAUGGCGCUCAGGGAAUUUUUGCGUCUGGGGAACCCGCUGAACUGCGGUGCCUGGGACAAGAAGCUGCUGAAGCAGUACCGUGUCCAUAAGCCAAGUUCUCUCAGUUAUGAAGCAGAGAUGAGAAACAGUAUGACAAUGUCCAUGGAAGGUUUCGGGCCGGACAGUGUCUUCACUGUGAACGAGGACAAUAGCCAAUACAGAAUCAGCAGGAGCCUGGUCCGCUCGGCAGAAGGAAGCACCGUACCGCUGACUAGAGUGAAAUGCCUGGUCUCCAUGACGACGCCUCACGACAUCAGGCUGCACGGGUCAUCUGUCACGCCGGCCUUCGUGGAGUUCGACACCUCUCUAGAAGGGUUCGGUUGCCUGUUUCUGCCUAGUCUGGCACCCCAUAAUGCCUCUACCAACAACGUCAACACGUCGGGGGUCAAUGAAGGAGCAGUGGUCAGCGGAAUUGGGACCGGUGAGCGCCUGUUCCCACCUCCCUCGGGCCUGACCUACUCCUCCUGGUUCUGCAUCGAGCACUUCAGCACCGCAUCCCACAGCCACCCAGUGCGGCUGCUAACGGUGGUGCGUCGCGCUACGUCGUCCGAGCAGCACUAUGUGUGCCUGGCCAUUGUGCUGUCGGCCAAGGAUCGCUCACUCACCGUCUCCACCAAGGAGGAGCUUCUCCAGAACUAUGUGGACGACUUCAACGAGGAGUCAUCCUUCUAUGAGAUCCUGCCCUGCUGUGCCCGCUUCCGCUGCGGUGACCUCAUCAACGAGGGACAGUGGCACCACCUGGUGUUGGUGAUGAGUAAAGGCAUGCUUAAGAACAGCACAGCCACGCUAUAUAUCGACGGCCAGCUGGUCAGCACAGUCAAGCUUCACUACAUCCACAGCGUUCCUGGUGGCUCUGGGUCCACCAACCCCCCGGUGUUGAGCACGGUGUACAGUUACAUCGGCACACCCCCCGCCCAGCGCCAGCUCUCCACACUGCUGUGGCGCCUUGGGCCCACCCACUUCCUGGAGGAGGUGCUAACAGCCACCAGUGUCUCCACUGUUUACGAGCUGGGCCCCAACUACGUGGGCAGCUUCCAGGCUGUCUACCUGCCAUGUAAAGACCCCAAAGGAGAGGCAGCCCCCCCAUCCCCCGUGGCGCUCGUCCCUGAGGAGAAGGUGUCCUUCAGCUUGUAUGCACUGUCUGUAUCUACCCUCACCGUGGCCAAAAUCAGGAAGGUCUACAACAAGCUGGACAGCAAGGCCAUCGCCAAGCAGUUGGCGGUUUCCUCUCAUGAGAAUGCCACCCCAGUCAAGCUGAUCCACAACGCUGCUGGACACCUCAAUGGCCCUGCUAGGACUGUCGGUGCUGCCGUCAUUGGCUACCUGGGUGUCCGGGCGUUUGUGCCUAAGCCUGUGGCAACAAACCUCCAGUACAUUGGGGGUGCAGCCGCCAUCCUGGGCUUGGUCGCCAUGGCCUCAGACGUGGAGGGGCUGUAUGCCGCGGUCAAGGCAUUGGUGUGUGUCGUCAAGAGUAACCCUUUGGCUAGCAAAGAGAUGGAGCGUAUCAAAGGCUACCAGCUCCUGGCCAUGCUGCUGAAGAAGAAGCGCUCUUUGCUGAACAGUCAUAUCCUUCAUUUGACCUUCUCCCUAGUGGGCACGGUUGACAGUGGCCAUGAGACCUCCAUCAUCCCCAACUCCACUGCAUUUCAGGACCUGCUUUGUGAUUUUGAUGUUUGGCUCCAUGCUCCUUAUGAACUGCAUCUGUCUCUGUUUGAGCAUUUUAUUGAGCUCUUGACUGAAUCCAGCGAGGCGGCGAAGAACGCUAAACUCCUGAGGGACUUUCAGCUGAUUCCCAAACUGCUGCUGACACUGCGGGACACGUCCCUGUCCCAGCCCACCAUCGCCGCCAUCAGCAAUGUCCUCAGCCUCCUGCUUCAAGGCUUUCCCAAAAGCUGCGACCUGCUCCGGUUUGGCCAAUUCAUUGCCUCCACCCUGCCCACAUUUGCAGUCUGUGAAAAAUUUGUCAUCAUGGAAGCCAACAGCGAAGAAAAAAUUGAUGGAACAAAUGAGGACGAUUUUGCCGGCCACCUGUCUGCCAAUCUCAUCCUCCUGAGGAACCGGCUUCUGGACAUUUUGCUGAAGUUGCUCUUCACCUGCAAAGAGAAGUGCACCGUGAAUGCGCAGGCAUGCGAGGAGCUGGUACGCACACUGGGCUUCGACUGGCUGCUCAUGUUCAUGGAGGAGCACCUGCACUCCAGCACGGUGACGGCGGCCUUACGGAUCCUGGUGGUCCUGCUGAGUAACCAGUCCAUCCUGGCCCGCUUCAGGGAGGGGGUGUGCGGAGGCGGUUGGCUGGACCACACCGACUCUGUCAUCACCAACAAGAUUGGCACCGUGCUGGGUUUCAAUGUGGGCAGGAACGCAGGCGGCAGGUCCACGCUCCGUGAAAUCAACCGGGAGGCCUGCCAUUUCCCAGGGUUCCCUGUUCUCCAGACCUUCCUCCCUAAGCACACCAAUGUGCCCGAGCUGUACUUCCUGCUAAUGGCGCUGUUCCUGCAGCAGCCCAUCACGGAGCACCCCGAGAACCUGCAGUUUGACCUGGACUCCAUCUGGACGUUCAUCUUCGGCGUGCCCGCCUCCAGCGGCGCUCUCGUGGGCUCCAUCAGCACCAUGUGCACGGAGGCCGCCUUCCUGCUGCUGGCCAUGCUGCGCAGCAUGCUCAACCUGCCCUGGCAGUCAGAAGAGGAAGGCUCCUGGCUGCGAGAGUACCCGCUCACCCUCAUGCAGUUCUUCCGUUACCUCUACCACAAUGUGCCCGACCUGGCUCACCUGUGGGUCAGCCCUGACUUUCUGUGCGCCCUGGCGGCUACAGUGUUCCCCUUCAACAUCAGGCCAUACUCAGAGAUGGUCAGUGACUUAGAUGAUGAGGUAGGCUCCCCGGCUGAGGAGUUCAAGGCCUUCACAAGUGAUACAGGCAUGAACCGCAGCCAGUCAGAGUACUGCAAUGUCGGCUCCAAGACCUACCUGACCAACCACCCGGCCAAGAAAUACGUCUUUGACUUCAUGAGGGUGCUGAUCAUGGACAACCUGUGCAUGACCCCAGCCACCAAGCAGGUGCCCAUCGUUGACAUCUUGUUGGAGUCCUCUCCAGAGCGCUCAACUCGAACCCAGCAGAAAGAGUUUCAGUCCUACAUCCUGGACAGUGUGAUGGAACACCUACUGGCUGCAGAUGUCCUUCUAGGUGAGGAAGCGUCGCUGCCCAUCGCCAGCGGAGGGAGCUACACGGUCCUGGUCAAUAAUGUGUUCUACUUCACCCAGCGGGUGGUGGACAAGCUGUGGCAGGGCAUGUUCAACAAGGACUCCAAGCUGGUGGUGGAUUUCAUCGUGCAGCUCAUUGGCCAGUCCAAAAGGAGAUCCCAGUCCUUCUCUCUGGACUCCAUCUACCACUGUCUGAACCGGACCAUCCUGUACCAGCUGUCACGGCCUCAGAAGACCGUUCCGCAGCAGGUGGCGCUGCUGGACGCUUUGCGCGUGCUCACGGUCAACCGCAACCUGGUUUUGGGCCCUGGCAACCAUGACCAGGAGUUCAUUGCAUGCCUGGCCCAUUGUUUCAUCAACCUACACACGGGGAGCUGCGUGGACGGUUUUGGCCUGGAAGCUGAAGCCCGCAUGACCACCUGGCACGUCAUGAUACCGUCGGAGACGGAGGCUGAUGCUUCGCACAGCCAGGACGUUAGCGAAGGUCGCCAUCUCCUGCUGAAAGCAGUGAACCGCGUCUGGACCGAGCUCAUACACAGCAAGAAGCAGGCGCUAGAGGAGAUCUUCAAGGUGCCCCUGCCAACUAACGAGCGCGGCCAUGUGGACAUAGUCUCUGCCCGGGCACACAUCGAGGAGCUGGCAGCGAAGAAUUGGCUGAACCACCUUGCCCAUGAGAAGAAAUGCAUCAGCCGCGGGGAAGCGGCCGCCCCUGUUGCCCAGUCCAAGCUGUCUCGGGUCAGCAGCGGCUUUGGCCUGUCCAAGCUGACGGGGGCUCGGCGUAGCAGGAAGGAGAGCGGCAUCAACAAGAACAAUCUGUCGGCACAGGAGACCUACCAGUGGAUGUUUACGCACAUCGCAGUGGUUCGGGACCUGGUCACCAUGCAGUACAAAGAGUACCAAGAGCGGCAGCAAAAUGCCCUGAAGUAUGUGACGGAAGAGUGGGCGGGCAUCGAGUACGAGCUGCUGCGGGAGAGGGGCCUCUGGGGCCCACCCAUCGGCUCCCACCUGGACAAGUUCCUGCUGGAGAUGACAGAGGGGCCCUGCCGGAUGCGCAAGAAGAUGGUCCGUAAUGACAUGUUCUACAUCCACUACCCUUACGUGCCAGAGACGGAGCCCGACGUCAGCACCCAGAAACCUAUUCGAUACCGGAGGGCCAUCAGCUACGAUAGCAAAGAGUACUACAUGCGUGUGCUGUCGGGAAACCCCGGCAUGUACCAGCACUCCAUCGAGCAGAGCUCAGAGGGAGUGACCACGCAGCACGAGCCCGAGCACGGAGAGGACACCAUCGCCAGAGUCAAAGGUCUGGUCAAGCCGCCACUGAAACGCUCGCGCUCUACGGCGGAUGGGGGUGACGAGGACGGACCAGAGCAGCUGCAGGACCAGCUGCUGGAGUCCGGAGCCGUGGACGAAGAGGAAAAAACGGACAACACUACCCUGCUGAGGCUCCUGGAGGAGGGGGAAAAGAUUCAGCACAUGUACCGAUCCGCUCGGGUCCAAGGCUUAGACACCAGUGAGGGUCUGCUGCUGUUUGGGAAGGAGCACUUCUACGUGAUCGACGGCUUCACCAUGACGAUGAACAGGGAGAUCCGCGACAUCGAGACACUUCCUCCAAACAUGCAUGAGGCAAUCAUACCCAGGGGGGCGAGGCAGGGCCAGAACCAGCUGAAGAGGACCUACAGCAUCUUCGCCUAUGAGGACAUCAAGGAGGUGCACAAGCGACGGUACCUGCUGCAGCCAAUAGCAGUUGAAGUCUUUUCAGGAGACGGAAGAAAUUAUCUGCUAGCAUUCCAGAAAGGGGUCCGGAACAAAGUCUACCAGAGGUUUCUAGCAGUGGUGCCCUCUCUAGCUGAUAGCUCAGAGUCCGUCUCCGGCCAGCGGCCCAACACCAGUGUAGAACAAGGGUCUGGAUUGCUCAGUACUUUGGUGGGAGAGAGGUCCGUAACACAGCGUUGGGAGCGAGGGGAGAUCAGUAAUUUCCAGUACCUCAUGCACCUGAACACACUGGCAGGCAGGUCCUACAAUGACUUGAUGCAAUACCCCGUCUUCCCCUGGAUCCUUGCAGACUAUGAUUCAGAGGAACUGGACCUGAACAACCCCAAGACGUUCCGUAACCUGUCCAAACCCAUGGGGGCUCAGACAGAAGACCGGCUGAUCCAGUACAAGAAGCGGUUCAAAGACUGGGAGGACCCUAAUGGUGAAACCCCUGCUUAUCACUAUGGGACUCAUUACUCCUCUGCUAUGAUCGUGGCCUCAUACCUGGUUCGAAUGGAGCCCUUCACUCAGAUUUUCCUCAGGCUACAAGGAGGUCACUUUGACCUGGCGGACAGGAUGUUCCACAGUGUCCGGGAGGCAUGGCUCUCUGCUGCCAAGCACAACAUGGCCGACGUCAAGGAGCUCAUCCCGGAAUUUUUCUACCUCCCGGAGUUCCUCCUCAACUCCAACAACUUUGACCUAGGCAGUAAACAGAACGGCACUAAACUUGGUGAUGUGAUCCUGCCCCCAUGGGCCAAGGGUGACCCCAGGGAAUUUAUCCGGGUUCACCGAGAGGCUCUCGAGUGCGACUACGUCAGCGCCCACUUGCACGAGUGGAUAGACCUCAUAUUCGGCUACAAGCAGCAGGGGCCACCCGCCGUGGAGGCUGUCAAUGUCUUCCACCACCUCUUCUACGAAGGGCAGGUGGACAUCUACAACAUCAACGACCCACUGAAGGAGACCGCCACCAUCGGCUUCAUCAACAACUUCGGGCAGAUCCCCAAGCAGCUGUUCAAAAAGCCGCACCCGCCCAAGCGAGUGCGCAGCAAAGCCAAUGGGGAGCCACCCGGCAUGCCCACGGGCCUCAGCACCGCUGCCGACAAGAUCUUCUUCCAUCACCUGGACAACCUGCGUCCGUCACUGGCGCCUGUCAAAGAACUGAAGGAGCCGGUUGGGCAGAUCGUAUGCACCGACAAGGGCAUCCUCGCAGUGGAGCAGAACAAAGUGUUGGUACCGCCCACUUGGAACAAAACCUUUGCCUGGGGAUACGCUGAUCUUAGCUGCAGACUGGCCAACUACGAGUCAGAUAAGGCAGUUGUUGUGUAUGAGUGCCUGUCAGAAUGGGGUCAGAUCCUGUGUGCCAUCUGCCCUAAUCUAAAGCUGGUCGUCACCGGAGGCACCAGCACCACCAUCUGCGUUUGGGAGAUGGGCACGUCCAAGGAGAGGGCCAAGAUGCUCACUCUCAAACAGGCUCUGCUGGGUCACACAGACGCAGUGACAUGCCUGACGGCCUCCUCGGCCUACCACAUCAUCGUCAGCGGCUCGCGCGACCGCACCUGCAUCAUUUGGGACCUCAACAAACUGGCCUUUGUCACUCAGUUGCGUGGCCACCGGGCCCCCGUCUCUGCCCUCUGCAUCAACGAGCUCACGGGUGACAUCGUGUCUUGCUCAGGGACCUAUAUCCACGUGUGGAGCAUCAAUGGCAGCCCCAUUGUGAGCGUGAACACCUUCACCGGGCGCAGCCAGCAGAUUCUGUGCUGCUGCGUGUCCGAGAUGAACGAGUGGGACACGCAGAACGUUAUGGUGACCGGCCACUCGGAUGGCGUGGUGCGGUUCUGGCGGAUGGAGUUCCUGCAGGUGCCAGAGACCCCAGCCCCAGAACCGCUGGAGCCCUCUGAGGUGUCGGACUGCUGUGGCGAGGACAAGAUCGAAGGUGGCGAGGCCCAUGAAGAUGACAGCAGCGACUCAGAUGGCGACGAGCAGAACGGCGGCCGGGAGCCCAAGUCUGGGCCGAGGCAGCCGGGGGCGGCGGCCCGACCAAAGGGACCCGCAGGUCGGCUCGGUGCAUCGUGGUCGGCCGACAGCGGCUCUGACGACUCGCGCCGCUGGUCCGACACACUGAGCCUAGACGAGAAGGAUGGCUUUGUGUUCGUCAACUAUUCAGAGGGCCGGACGCGUUCUGGCCUGCAGCAGCCCUCCAACCCCCACCCCCAUGCACCCCUGGGGCUUCAUGGGGGGGUACCACAGCCCCUUCAGCCUUCAUCGAUGGAGGCUCGUCCCUACAGCCAGUUGAGGCCCGGCUACAGAUGGGAGCGUCAGCUGGUCUUCCGCAGCAAGCUCACCAUGCACACGGCGUUCGACCGCAAAGACAACGCCCACCCGGCGGAGAUCACCGCACUCGCCAUCUCCAAGGACCACAGUAAGAUCCUGGUGGGUGACGGACGCGGACGGGUCUUCAGCUGGUCCGUGAGCGACCAGCCAGGCCGUUCAGCCGCGGACCACUGGGUGAAGGACGAGGUGGUGGACAGCUGCUCCGGCUGCACCGUGCGCUUCUCCCUGACUGAGCGGCGGCAUCACUGCCGCAACUGCGGGCAGCUUUUCUGCCAGAAGUGCAGUCGCUUCCAGUCGGAGAUCAAGCGGUUGAAGAUCUCCUCUCCGGUCCGGGUGUGCCAGAACUGUUAUUAUAAUCUUCAGCAUGAACGUGGAUCUGAGGAUGGCUCAAGAAACUAGCUCCCCUGCAGUGUAACGGACCUGACCACACGCCCAGUAAAGCCACUGACCCAACCCUGACAAAAGAAGAUCUCAACCCAAAUCAGGAGCCACUCUCAUUUUCCUUUGUACUGUGUAAAAUGCUAAUUAAUGGGGGGAAAAAGAUCACAGAGAUCACGUUUAACUUUCUCUGUGUAGCAGAUGAUGGGGAAGUUGGGCAGAAAAAAAUCUGAAACUUUUUGGUGGCUUUAGAAAUCACCCCUCACCCCCAUAAUGUUUUUGCUGCUUUAACAGCCCUCAAAACACCAUCAAGGAAUCACUCGCUUUUUAGAUUUUAGAUAGACAACAUGUUUAGGCCUCCCUUAGAAGAGCAAUGAAGCUGUUUAUAUUGUAAAUACAUAUGAUGGCCUUUUUAACUAGAACAAAAAAAAAACCUCUUGAAGAUGAGUUUUGCCUACAUAGGAACUUAGUAUGAAACAGUUCUGGGGGUGGAGAGAGUUUGUCUUUAGUCUGUCACAGAAACCAAGUGAAAACGAAAGGCACUAUGAAUGUUAUUGGAAAAGAGAUUGGUUAAAUGCAAUUUUUUAUAAACAUUUUUGUUUACAGUAUUUGUUUUUGUUAAUAUGUUGCCCAUGGUACCGGCAUGAAAUCACAUGCUAACAAAGUCAUUCUGAUUACAAUCAUGGAUCUUUUUCGAUGUUUGGGAUAUAUUUAUUUCUUCUGCAGCUUGCAAUGAAUUUGUGAUCCGAUUUAUCUUCUGAGCUGGUGGUGAAGCUAUUCGGAAACAUAUCAGAAAGUUCUUCUGUAUCUGUCCUCAGGUUUCUUUUAUACAGAAUUACAAUGUUACAUUUGAGGGCAACAGCCUAUUAGCUGUUCAUAUUUUAAAAUACAAAGUCAAAUUUUUAUACUAUGACAGGGCUAAAAUAAAAGAACAAAAAAACAUCGGUGAGUGCAGUUGGUAAUAAUGUACCUGUUGUGGCCUGUCUUUGUGGAUGUGGACAAAGGGAUUCUUAUUGGUUUUUAAUAGAUAUUUAAUUAUACAUGUAGUAUAUUUGGUAAAAAGUACGGCUCUGUAAGAAAAUGUACGUAGAGAAAGAAACUUUUUAGGUGAGGAUAACAAGUUACUGACUAAUUCUGUGGGGGUGUUAAGGGGUGCCUCUGAUUUUGAUUUUGAAACUUGGAGAAUGCCCUCACUCAUUUAAAUAUUUGUUCACAAAUUACAUUGCCGUUUCAUAUAUUGACUUGUUUUUUCCUUACAUUUCUUAAUGAUUAAAAUACAUGUGUAUUAAAAGACAUUUGAAAGAUACUGAGACAGUAACUAACUGAAGCAUGUGUGCCAGUAAAAGGGUGUGUGCUUCCUCUAAGUGUCAUGAAUUGCUGGUACCGUGGGCAACAAAACUCUUAUUUUAAAUGCUGCUUUAACAAUUAGAAAUGAUUUUUUUUUUUCCUUCCUCAAAUGUUCAGGUCACUUUCACAGACAUUUCGUCUGAUGUAGCGCAACUGCAGCCCGUUUCUGAUAUAGCCUUAGAUUAGACAUUCUCUCAUUGUAUAGUGUGCAGUCUUAUAUCAUUAUUCAUGUACUGUAUGUAUAUCUAGCUUACAAUUAUUACAUCAGACUAAUUGGAUAUGCUGCGGAUUGGCAGCUUCCAAAACUAGGUGGCAAAAAUGAUCUGGGCAGUUUUGCACCACUUUGUGUACAAACAAAGGAAAAAUCUUAUCAGAUGUGUUUCCUUUUAGGCGUUAUGGUUGAAGGUUGUAUUUCUUUACAGAAAAAACAAACUGUACAAAGUAUUUAUGCAAUUAUAUUGGUUUUAACAUUUUUUUAUACUAUCAUUUCAGCAAGUUUUGUUACUUGUUGCAUGUCUAAUAACACAGCUGACUUUCUGUGUCAGUGCAAUGUACAUCUUUUAUUUUUUUUUUUUCUUUAUUUUCUUUUGAUUGUUUGAUUUCCUAAGGCAUUAACUAAUUACUUAUCCCUGAAAAAACUUUUUGUGUACAGUAAUGACUACAGGAUAGCAGAAAAGUGGAAAGGGGUGAAUUUUGUACAAAAUGAAAAUGGACAGAUUAAAUCAUUUGAUUAUUUUUGGUGGUCUUGUGCUAGACUACAUUACUACAGUAUCUAGUGUGCAGUCUGUGAUAGCUGAAUGUUCAUUGUAUAUUUGUCUUCAGUACAACUACAAAACAAAGAGUAGAUUAACCCAAAAGAAAUAUGUAACUAUAAUGCAAUAGAUCUGGUACUUCUUUUUUAUUUCAAUUAAAUUCCUGCUAUUUACCACCAGAA